CCGCCCAGGGCAUAAAAGGCACCAGGUGAGGGCCUCGCCACUCCUCCUGCCGACCGCAGCAACUCCGGCCAGUGUCGUCCACGUCCUGCUUCGCCAUGACUUCCUACAGCUAUCGCCAGUCGUCGGCCACCUCGUCCUUCGGGGGUCUGGGCGGUGGCUCCGUGCGCUUCGGGGCGGGAGGCACUUUCCGAGCUCCCAGCAUCCAUGGGGGCUCGGGAGGCCGCGGCGUGUCGGUGUCCUCCGCCCGCUUCGUGUCCUCGUCCUCCUCCGGGGGCUACGGCGCGGGCUAUGCGGGCGCCCUGGCCGGCUCCGACGGGCUGCUGGCGGGCAACGAGAAGGUGACCAUGCAGAACCUUAACGACCGCCUGGCCUACCUGGACAAGGUUCGCGCCCUGGAGAUCAUUCUUGGUGCCACCAUUGAGAACUCCAAGAUAGUCCUGCAGAUCGACAAUGCUCGUCUGGCUGCAGACGACUUCCGAACAAAAUUUGAGACAGAGCAGGCCCUGCGCAUGAGCGUGGAGGCCGACAUCAAUGGCCUGCGCAGAGUGCUGGACGAGCUGACCCUGGCCAGGACCGACCUGGAGAUGCAGAUUGAAGGCCUGAAGGAAGAGCUGGCCUACCUGAAGAAGAACCAUGAGGAGGAAAUCAGUGUCCUGAGGGGCCAGGUGGGUGGCCAGGUCAGCGUGGAGGUGGAUUCCGCUCCGGCCAUCGACCUAGCCAAGAUCCUGAGUGACAUGAGAAGCCAAUAUGAGGUCAUGGCUGAGAAGAACCGGAAGGAUGCCGAGGCCUGGUUUACCAGCCAGACUGAGGAGCUGAACAAGGAGGUCGCUGGCCACACGGAGCAGCUGCAGAUCAGCAAGACGGAGGUCACCGACCUGCGACGCACCCUCCAGGGUCUGGAGAUCGAGCUGCAGUCUCAGCUCAGCAUGAAAGCCGCCCUGGAAGGCACCCUGGCAGAAACGGAGGCUCGCUUUGGAGCCCAGCUGGCACAGAUCCAGGCACUGAUCAGCGGCCUCGAAGCCCAGCUGAGCGACGUGCGAGCUGACACCGAGCGGCAGAACCAGGAGUACCAGCAGCUCAUGGACAUCAAGUCCCACCUGGAGCAGGAGAUCGCCACCUACCGAAACCUGCUGGAGGGCCAGGACGCCUACUAUAAUGACCUGUCCCUGCCCAAGGUCCUCUGAGUCCAGUGGCCCCCUCGGCUUCCUGCCCUCCUGCAGAGGGAUUCCCCUGGAUAGGGGCGUAAGAGGGGAGGGACCCUUCCCUGGCUCUCCCCCUGAGCUGCCAAUAAAACUUUAUGGCCUAAGGGAA